GGGUGGGUGGUGAGAUCGCGCUAGCCCCCCGCGCUGCGGUCGCGGUGCGCCUGCGCGAAGCGGCGGGGGCGCCUGACAGCCCCUGCUUUUCCUCAGGUUUUUAAAUUUUUUUUUCUUUCCGCCCCCACUGCGGGAGUCUAGGCCGCGCCUGCGCAAUGGACAGUGCGGAGGGGCUGAGGGGUGGGGACGGUGGGCGUUGGUGCUCGAAAGACUCUAGGUCCAGCACCUCCGGUUUUCUCUGAUCCUCACGCAGGCGGGGACAGGACCCUUCGUGAGAGGGCAGGACUCGGGACCUCGGUCGGGCCCAGGCUCCUUCCUCGCCUCAGAGGGUCCGAGAUUGUCUAAAGCCACAGGGAAAAUGGUGGAAAAUUCACCGUCGCCAUUGCCAGAAAGAGCGAUUUAUGGCUUUGUUCUUUUCCUAAGCUCACAGUUUGGCUUCAUACUUUACCUUGUAUGGGCUUUCGUUCCUGAAUCUUGGUUACACUCCUUAGGCUUAACUUACUGGCCUCAAAAAUACUGGGCGGUUGCGUUGCCUGUCUACCUCCUUAUCACGGUUGUAAUUGGUUAUGUGCUCUUGUUUGGAAUCAACAUGAUGAGUACCUCUCCACUUGACUCCAUCCAUACGAUCACAGAUAACUAUGCUAAAAACCAACAGAGGAAAAACUACCAAGAGGACGCCAUCCCAGCGCUGAGAGACGUUCCCAUUAGUGAAGUAAACAAAAUGUUCUUCCUAGACGCCAAAGAACUCAAUACCUAAAACUGAGCUGUAUAUAAACAUCCUAAAACCAAACAUUCAGAGUUAUGGGCUGAAAAAUGUUGAACAUAAUUAUAUUGACUAUCCUUUUAAUACCCAAUAUUGACAUGCAAAAACAUGAAAGUUGAUUCCUUACAUUGAGUUCAAUUGAUAUUGUAAAUAUUUUCAACUGAGUUUUUAAUUAACAAUAAAUAAAAUACAUUAUACUAUAA